AUGUCUUUCAAAGAAAGACCUUUCUCUGAUUCCUGCGGUGAAGAUCCCUUCAAUUGCUCACCCAUGCAGGAGACAACGUCUCUGACUCCCCCAAGAUCUUCAACCAUUUUCAGUGUUGAAGCACCAUGGUUGUUCUCCACCUCCUACACAGAUGAGGUUACUACACUUAGAACUGGGAUAAUUCCAUCUGAUGAUCCUUUUCUCCCGAGAAGCCAUCAGAAUUUUCAGGGCGACUCAUUUAUUGAUUAUGGCGCAUUGAGGCACGAUGAUGAUAGCUUGCCUGCGAGUUCCCCUGGGAAUAUGGUGUCAACAACCAUGAUUUCUCAGACUGCUGACAGUGCCUGGUUGACCAGUGCAUCUGCAACUCUACCUCCGGAACUCGAGACAUAUGCUCACAAUUCAUACCAACCAAUUCAUUCACCUCUUUCGCACGUGGUAGCUAGCAGCUCUUUAAUGUGGCCUGUGCAUGGACCAGUCCAUACUCGGACCGUCCAUUCAUUAGACGUCUUGCAUGAAGACCACAGGACUUCAAUGCUGCAAGGAAGUCCUCAGUCCCCGGCGCAAGUACUACCCAACAUCUCAUGGUAUCCUCAAGUAGUGGCUCCAGGCAGCUCCGCGAGCGCUGUGUUUCAUUCUCCUUCCCUCCGAUCGAGGCCGACGUCAUCGGCUCUUGGACAUGAAAGUGCACCUCAAUGUUCAGUUUCUCGGCAUGAUGAAACCGCUACAACAGGUCCAUGGACGACUGGUAGUACGGAGUCAGCUGGCCAUGAACCUACGUCCCAAUCACCGCGUCGGAGACGCAGAGCCUCAUGGUCGAGUUAUGCCGAUCGGCCCACAAAAGCUCUGCGCUGCAACGGGAUUGUCCUUGAUGAAGAAGACGUCAAGGAGGCUAGGAGUAUUAAUGACGGUCUCGUUAUCACUUAUCUCUGUCGCUGGACCCACAACGGGCAGGAAUGCGGUAUGCACAUCAUAGGCGAUCGUAUACGAUUAGCAAGGCAUAUACAGAGGUGGCACAGGGCUUACGCGGAAGACAGUCAAAAGCAGGCCCCUUGCCGCUGGGGUGGCUGUGGGAAGGUAAUGAAGAGAGAGAAUGUCGUUCGACAUGUUAUAGUCACCCAUCUCAAGAUGAAAUGGCGCUGCUCGGUAUGUCGCAUCAGGCUGUCUCGCGAUGAUGCCUCUACAAGGCAUUUCGAACGGGUGAAACCCUGCAGGCAUGGUGUUGCGACGGUUGAAGGAGGGCCAGAAGCGCAGGAGGUGAACGUUUGUCAAGGUUUGGAGUUGUGA